GUGUCAGCUCGACAUAUUGGUCAGCUACUAAGACACUAGUCAAUUAUUUUUCUCUCUGAAUUUAAGACGGUAUGCGAGUGACUCCGGUCACUCCAGUGUGUGGGCGUCACACUCUCCAGGGUUUAUAUUGGCAAGAUUCACUCUGUUUGAAAACGCCUAUUUCCUUGUGUCCGAAAAGAACAUUUAUUUCCCAUUACCUCCCAGAUUUAACAAUAUUUUCUCCCUGGAGUCUGGAAGACAGGAUGUCAUUCAACCAGCUGUGUUGGCCUUUAAUAACUUUUACAUUGUGAACAAGAAAAAUGUCUGCGUAAAUUAAGAAAUGCACUAAUUGCCUAUGUGGCAAAGUUUCAACAUGUUGAAAGUGUGUUGUGGAACAGUAGCAAUAUGUUUAAGAGGAGCCAGGGCAAGGGUACUCUGGCCUUCUCAAAUCUGUGCACCGCCUUUUUCAUUGAGUGAGACCUGUCAUCUAAGGUUAACCACCACCGCCACUACCAUCAGCAGCUGGGGACCAUUAGAAAAUCAAGACACUGCUAGUAUUCCAACUUCUGUAAAUGAGACAAAGACCUUAGAAAAUCAAGAUACUCCUAGCAACCUUUCAUCUAUUAAUGAUGCAAAGGAUGUUCCAGUCCUUUUACAAGCAGCCACUGAUGGAGAUUCAUACCCUUCUGCAUUUCAGGGUCUUCAUAUUCUCUCUGACUGGGUUUCCAACAAGAAGAUUGAUUUUAAAAAGGAUGUUGAGACUGAGGAACAGUUCACAAAAUUAAUAAACUUGAUUGAUGCAGGAACAGUACGAAGCACCCCUUCAUCUCUAUUAGCUGCACUGAGGAGUUUGAUGAAUCUUGGAGUAAACAGUGACACCCAUGUGGUAGAGUCGAUUGAAAAUCAGCUGUUAUGGAAUAUUCGGAAGGUAUCUUUCCCGAUGCUAAUAUCUAUAAUGGUCUUUCAAGUACAGUAUCAGGAUACAGUACUACAGAAAAAGGUACUAAAAGAAUCUUUGGAAGCUUUACAAAGAAGAUGGACUGAAAUCAAAGGAGCAUCAGAAAUUGAAGCAUUUUAUAACCAUCUUGAUUUAUUUUCCUCUGAGUUUCUUGGACACCUGGAUGAUCGCAGUAUUGAAUUAGCUGGAGAGAUGAGCUUCGUGGAACUAAGCAGAGUGUUCUGUGUCCUGGGAAAAAUCAAACGACGUGCAUCACCUGUUUUAAGAGCACUGUCAUUCCACAUGGCAAAACAAGAAGAAAAAUUAACUGCAAAGCAACUUUGUAAUGUUUUAUUUGCCAUGAAUUCCCUGAGUUUUCCAGAUGUAGUUUUAUUAGAAAAAGUGGCAAAUGAUUUGAUUCCACAGGUUGCCAACAUAGAUAACCCAAAUAUAGUGAGUUCUAUUCUUUUUUGUAUGGGACAGAUGCGAUGGAGAUAUACAAGUCUACUGGAAGUUUUAUCAGAGUGGGUUGAGAAAAACGUGCAAAUCUGCUCCAUGAUUAAUCUUGGUGCUAUAAUCAUUACACUGGCAUGUGUCUCAUAUGUCCCAGCAAAUGCUGAAACUUUGUUCAGUGAGCUUAUUCCAAAACUUAAUCCCUCAGGAUUUUCAAGAAAGACAACGUGGUUGGAUGUUGUAUGGUCCUUGUCUGUAUUAGGUAGAGCAACAGGAUGGCAUAUAUCCUCUGUUUUGCAUCCAGAUUUUGUUAAAAAUCUCCCAGGUGCAGAGGAACACCUGUGGAUUGGGGUCAAACCUAAGCUUCUCAACAUUAAUGCAGUGGCACAGCUAAACAUGCCUUCAUAUAAAGGUCCUUAUCUUGACAUGACAAAUUUUAAAGAUGUAAUAAUUUCCAAGAACAGGGAUGACAUAAAGCUCUCCAAACAUAUUCAAAUCACUUUGCACAACUUUCUCCCUCCACCCAAAUACAUUCGAGAAAAUAUCCAGACUUCUAUGGGAAUCUUUGUAGAUGUUGAGUUGGCAGCUGAUAAGAAAGGAAAACCCAUACCAAUUCAAGAUUACAGUAAUAAUUUUGGAGAAUCGGAGAGCUCACAGCCAUUACCUGAAGGUGCUGUGAAGUUAGCUAUGUUUAUAUGGGGUUAUAAAGACUACACUAUUGGUACUCAGGAACUAAUCGGAGUUAAUAAGUUGGCUGUACAGUUAGUAGAAAGAAAAGGGUACAGGGCAUUACAAAUUCCUUUUUAUGAAUAUAAUAUGAAGGCAAAGACGCUGAAAAAUGUACAGUAUCUUGAAGGUAAAAUCAAAGACAUCGUAGAGUCGUGAAAUUAUUGAACUAAAAGAUUUUAUCGUGUACAUAAAGUUUGAGUAUUGUCUUUAUGAAUGUAUUAAAAGCAAAGAGGUUCUUAAUAAAAUAUUAAAUACUACAA